AUGAGUUUUUUUAAGAAAAUGCGUGGAAAAAGUCGAGGUAAAAAUCAUCAAGAAUUACAAUUCAGAGCUUCGGUUCCUUCUCCGACUGUGGAAUGUGCCAAGGACAAAUGGUAAGUGGAGAAAAAAAGAGUAGAAAACUCAUCGGGAAAAAUCACCGAUAAAUGUAGGCAUGUUAGAUUUAGGUGGAGUUUCUUUUUUCUAUUUGCGCUUUUGGUACGGCAAGAGAAUAAAGCAGCCGUUACCAAAGAAAACACGCAAAAGAAAAAAAACGAACAGUUUAUUUUUAAGUCUGGGACAAAAAACUGAAUGACUCCAAGCAAUUUACCACUUAACUUGCGCUUUUUUAGUUUCAUCGAUGCGCGCUAAAUCUCAGUUUAAAGAGGCCAAUGAUAUAAUUUUUGGAAAUCGCGGGGAUAUGACGGCAAUUGAGACUCAGAAAAAUUGAACUGAAAACCUCUGAUUGACUGAUGUGAAGAUAACAAGAUCCCAAAUUUUCGAAACUCCAUUUUCAAGGAAGGCUUAGAUAUAAAGCAAGUUCAUAAAAAAUUGAGUCAAAGUGUUACUUCUUGCUCUUUUAGAGUAUUAAGGGAACAUUUUGAUUACUUGAAUUCACUGUACACUUGUGAUUAUCUUGCAGUCUCCCAGACAAGAAAGAUACCAUCAGGGAAGAAAGCAGGAGACUGUCGCGUCCAAGAUCCUUAAAGAGCUUCCGAAAGGAAAAACGCCAUGGCGAUGUUACCAGUGCUGCUGCCUGUUCGAACGUGGCCACCACAAAGAUCAAUGCUGCUCCACUUGCUCCAUUGUCAGGCGUCGUUGGUAACCAUGAGAAAAAGAAGGAAGCGAAAGCUGGUGCUGACACUAAGGGUAAUAGUUCUCAGGCUGUUUCGUGUCGAGGCCGCAAUAAAACAAGAUCAGGACCAAGAAAGGUCAAAAGGAAAGCUCCACCUCCACCGAUGCCUCUCUCUGAGAGGCCUUCCGUUUCUCAUACCAGUCCAUCCCAGUCUGGUUUACCUCGUCCUGUUUCAGCCCGUCCUUCUCCUCCGAUACCUCCACCGCGUCAACCACCAACUUGUAAGGCGGCUUCACCUCGCCCCCCUCCACCCAAUAUGAAGCAGCCUGGAAAAAAGAGUGAUACCACAAGUGUUAAGAAGAAGGAAAACGAAAUGCGCCACUAUCCAAAAGAUCUAAACCCGUUUGCAAAUUCAAACGGUACCACCGAUAAUGACUUCUCGUCCCAGAACAGCGGGAAGGCCUCCAGUGCUCGUCGCCAAAGGCAUAAAAGAAGACGGAAGAACUCUAAAAGUGGAGAAUACCCGAUGGAAAAUAAUCCAUUUAAUGAUACUGAUGAGAUGAGCGAGACGCCCUCCAGUACUCGUCGUCAAAGGCGUAGAAGAAAACGGAGAGAAUCCAUGAAUGAGGAACACAAAAUGGAAGACAUCUCAUCCAGUGAUGCUGAUGACAUACGCAUCAAGCCCUCCAGUAUUCGUGGUCAAAGGCGUAGAACAAAACGGAAAGAAUCGAAUGGUGAAAAAUACAAAAUGGAACACAAUCCAUCCAAUGAUACCGAUGAGGAAAAUAGUUCGACAAUCUUGCAGUCGACCAAUACUUCUGACAUGUGGUCUAUUUCUUCAUUGGAAGAUAUUCAGUUUGUGGUGAACACAGCUACAGUAGAAGAGGUAAAUGUAAAGACUGCAUUCCAAGGCUUGGCUGCCAGCGAUGAAAAAGACGAACAGGUUGACCGAGAAGAUUACGGUGACUCAAAGGCCCAGUCAUUCCCAUCUGAUAAGGAGGUCUCUCCUGACGAUCUCCCUUCCACAAACAAAUAUAAUGUUCCUGCAAUUAUCGGAUCAACAAACCUUGAUGCUUCGACUGCUAAAGAUUUUUCAAAUGCAAGCGAGAGAUCAACUAUCAAUCAAGCACAACUUACCGAGGAAGUAAUUGCCAUGGAGGAUUGCCAGGGUGGAGACAGCUUUGGUAAGUUGUUCUGUAAGCAUACCACAAAAUAGAUCCUAGUGAGCGAAAAGUAUUUUAAAACAGUGCAUCUUUAUCCACCGAACCAGCGAAGAGAGUCAUUAGAAACAUUCCCAUCUGCGCCCAAGUAAACCUUUAUUCUUGACUGUUGCUUGUAUUUUGAUUGCUCUUAACCAAAUAGAUUUGAUCGGUUUAAUAUCAACUUAAACAGAAUGUGUAUACAUUCGCCUACCCUUUUUAUUAUUUAAGCACGUGUAUUUUCUGAAAUUUUCUUUAGUUGCCAUCGUAAGCAAUCAGUUCCCUAAGUUGGCUUUUUAUGUGGAGACAGAGAUUCAGGUUGUCGAACACGAGUUGCUUUCAUUGCACAAGGUAAUGGUUAAAUUGGAACUGGAGAUGAAAGAAGCUAUAGACACUGAAGGUUAGUUUUCUAUUUUUUACCUUUGCAUGAGUCACUGUAUAAAAACUAACAUAUUUGCUACAAACGUGCAGAACAGUGAUUUUCGAGUGCCACUAUCCUGAAUCCCUAGCUUCGAACCUUUCCAACUGUUCACUUUCGUCAAAUAACAGCCGAACUAUCCUGUUAGUCGAGAGGAAUCUUUCGGGGUUCAAAGUGCUUGGUUUCUCUCACGCAACGCUAAAGAAAAACAGUCUCUCCUAGGAAGAGGUAAAGUCUGGAAACAAUUAUCCGGGUAUACCGUCGCGCCAAAUAGAGGGUGAUGCAUGUAACUAACUAAACACAAAUUAAAUGCAGCCUUCUUUAAUUUCCCCUUUUAGAUUGUGAGGCCGAGUUUGAAAGCUUAUCACUUGACUCGUUAGCGCUAAAUAAGUUCCGUUCUGAAGUUGACGAAAGGAAGCAAGACCUUCUCACUCUGUAGGUACAUCUUAUCCUUAUAAAGCUGUUUUAAACCUUGCUCGAUCGUUGGGAACAAGUCAAUAUGCCAAAUUAUGGUAAUACAUAUUCAAUAACCAGAACGAAUGAUUUAAAUUAACCACAUAUAAGCACUCCUUUUGUUAUUAAGCAUUUUAAUUCCUUGCAUUGUAUUUGCAUUUGAAAGUUUAUCGUAUUAAAGCCUUAUCUUUCGUCUCUGUUGUUUUUAGUUCCAGACAACAAAACCAGAAAGAGUGUUUGAAGUGCUUACGUCAGGACCUUAAAUACCUGUUUGAAGUCAAAGGUGGGAAUCAGUUUCUAAUUUAUUUCCUCAGUGUGAUAGUACUAAAUUUUCUCUUGUAUGAUGUUAAACAAGAGGUUUGUUACCCACGUCUGGGUUUUUUUAUGCAAUCUUUUAUUUUUUUGCUAUCGUAUGGUGAGUGAUGUUUUAUUACGUUUUCUGCGGCAGGUUGGAAGAAAACCAAAGAACACAAAGAUCGGGAAAAGAAUGUCCUGGAUCUUAUCUUCAAGUUGACCAACAUGGCCUGAAUAACAAACUGCAUUAA